AUGGCCAGUGGAAAUAACGUGACUGAGUUAAUAAUCACAGGCCUCUUCCAGGAUCCAGAGGUGCAGAGAGCAUGCUUUGUGCUGUUUCUCCCCGUGUACCUGGCCACUGUGGUGGGCAACGGUAUCAUCGUUCUGACAGUAAAUAUCAGUAAGAGUCUGUGCUCCCCCAUGUACUUCUUCCUUGGCUACCUGUCCCUGGUGGAGAUCUGUUACUCCUCUACUGUGGUCCCUAAAUUCAUCACUGACUUACUUGCCAAGGUUAAAACCAUCUCCCUGAAGGGCUGUCUGGCCCAGAUCUUCUUCUUGCACUUCUUUGGGGUCACUGAGAUCCUCCUGCUUGCAGUGAUGGCCUAUGACCGCUACGUGGCUAUCUGUAAACACCUUCACUGCACAGUAAUCAUGAGCCGGCCUGUGUGCCACCGUCUGGUGGUUGGUUCCUGGAUGGGGGGCUUUUUUCACUCCAUAAUUCAGAUUUUCAUCACCAUCCCAUUGCCCUUCUGUGGUCCCAAUGCGAUCGACCACUAUUUCUGUGACCUUCAUCCUUUAUUUAAGAUUGCCUGUAUGGACACUUUUGUGGUAGGCAUUAUUAUGUUCGUCAACAGUGGAUUAUUCUCUGUAUUCUCCUUCCUCUUCUUGGUGUCCUCCUACGUCGUCGUCAUCCUGUUCAGCCUGAGGAACCACUCUGCAGGGGGGAGGUGCAAAGCCCUCUCCACCUGUGCCUCUCACAUCACGGUGGUCAUCUUGUUUUUUGGACCCGCCAUCUUCCUGUACUUGCGACCUGCCUCUACCUACACAGAGGACAAGCUGGUGGCUGUGUUCUACACGGUCAUCACGCCCAUGCUGAACCCAAUCAUCUACACACUCAGAAAUGCAGAGGUGAAAAUCGCCAUCAGGAAGUUGUGGGGCAGAAAAGUGAACUCAAGGAUGGGAUAA